GGGUUUGGGACGCUCCGGCGAUGCCCCGGCGGCCAGAAGACCCAGCGGGGGCGGCCGGCAGGGCCUGUCACUAGCCUAUCCAUUGCCCUGACUUUUGCCCUUGGAGGAAGCCAGUCAUGGGGGAAACGGGCAAAGAAGAGUAUAAAAUACAGUCGUUCGACAGCGAGACUCAGAAGCUGCUGAAAACAGCCCUCAAAGACCCCACCAAUGUGGACCUGGAGAAAGUGGCCAAUAUUAUCGUGGACCAGUCCCUCAAAGACUGCGUGUUCAGCAAGGAGGCAGGACGGAUCUGCUACACCAUCAUCCAGGCAGAGAGCAAACAAGUCGGCCAGAGCGUCUUCCGGAGGAGCCUGCUGAGCCGGCUGCAGCAGGAGUACAAGGACAGGGAGGAGCUGCGCGCCCGCUCGCUCCAGGCCUGGAUCUGCUACGUAACCUUCAUCUGCAACAUCUUCGACUACCUGAGGGUGAACAACAUGCCCAUGAUGGCCCUGGUGAACCCUGUUUACGACUGUCUGUUCCGGCUGGCACAGCCUGACAGCCUGCGGAAGGAGGAAGAGGUGGACUGCCUGGUCCUGCAGCUCCACCGCAUCGGUGAGCAGCUGGAGAAGAUGAACUCCCAGAGGAUGGAUGAGCUCUUCUCCCUCCUCCGAGAUGGUUUCCUUCUGCAGGAGGGACUCACCUCCCUGUCCCAGCUCCUGCUCCUGGAGAUCAUCGAGUUCCGGGCUGCCGAGUGGAAGAUGACAGAUGCUGCCCAGAAGUAUUAUUACAGUGAAGUGACAGACUAACCUGUCCACAGCAGAGGUGGAGAGGUGUCUCCAGCACUUUCACCAGCAGGCUUCAAUACCAAGUUUGAAUUUAUUUUCAUAUUCAUGUUUUUCUAGCACUUCCUGUAAAUAGGGUUUAUACCAUCUAGAGCCUCUGGGCACGUAACUGUCGGGCUGCAACUGGUGCUGGCCUGGCUUUAGAGGUUUGGAGAGGUGGGAAGCACAGGGCACAUUUACCC